CAUACAAAUUGGAAAAUGCAUGUGAACAAGUCCGCCAAAACCGAAAUCACAAAACUUCACACUUCUCCAUAGAAUAUGAAAUUUGUACUUCACUCUCUCAGUGUUGACCUUCCUCAAGAUCCCACUACCUGCUACAAUACCAACUCUUGUCUUAAAUAAAAAAAAUAUGCUUCUGCGUGAUUAAAUGUACUAAAACAUAAUGUAUUAGUAAUUUGACUUUAAUCCCAACUAAUCGUAUACACAAUACACUUCAUCUUCAACUCUAAGCAAUCCAAAUCAGAUUUCCAUGGAUUCCCCUUGCAGUUCAAGAUCUUUCUCUUCUAACCUCUUCUAUCUUUUCUUGCUUGUGUCUUCAAAUCUUCUCACUCUCUUCAUUUCCACUAACUUGUAUUCUCCAUGUUCUCUAGGAACUCGAGUAGAAUCCGUCACACCCAUUGGGAAAACUGCUGAUUGUGCCCCAAGAGAUCCCAAGCCAACCCCGAAAGUAGAGAUUGUCAAACAAUUCAAUGCAUCGGAAAGUGAAGCAGACCUCCCUGAUGAGUUUCUUGCUUUCACAUCCCCACAGCAGCUCCCACUGGGUUAUAACUCAAAUUUUGAUUCCGACAAAAUCCUCCCUCCAGUUGGCCAUCCGUGUGCACUUUUCCCUGAUAUGCUUCGCCAGUAUAUGUCAUACAAAGUCAAUGGAUCCUGCCCGGACGACGAGCUUCUAGCACAAAAGCUUCUCCUCCGGGGAUGUGAGCCACUUCCUCGACGCCGGUGCCAUCCAGCUGCACAGAAAGAAUACAUUGAACCAUACCCACUUCCUGAUAGCUUAUGGAUGACACCCUCGGACUCAACUGUUGUUUGGACAGCACAUACCUGCAAGAACUAUUCAUGUCUCAUCAAUCGUAUGCAUACUCAGAAAGGUUUUGACGACUGCAAGGACUGUUUUGACCUUGCUGGACGAGAGAAAACCCGAUGGACUGGCAAUGGUGGGGGCCUCGACUUCUCCGUAGAUGAAGUACUUGCAGUAAAGAAGCCUGGCACAAUAAGAAUAGGGCUUGACAUCGGAGGUGGGGUGGCUACAUUUGCUGUCAGAAUGAGAAAAAGAAACAUAACAAUCAUCACAACUUCAAUGAAUCUAAAUGGCCCUUUUUUGAAUAUUGUGUCGCAACUGGCAACUGGUUCAGUUGUGGUUUUCCAGCACACGAACCAGUUUACGGUACAAGUUCGCACUUCUUCUUCCGGCGGGUUUUUUUCCUUCUCUAGAAUUUUAUUGGAUAUUUACCUUCUUAAUGUGUAUUAUAUGUGA